UUAUCUUCCUGGUAUGGGCCCCUUGAAUCACUGUAUAAGAGCAGAAGACGGCUUCUCAUAAGUUUACAGAGCGUGACUGAGCUAAUUCUGCAAUGGGCAUCCUUUGGCUUAUAGCUACUCUGCUACUGGUGCAUUCCUGCUCUCCAGGUGUCUGCAUGCAUCAUGGUAUUGUUGGUGGGAAAGUCUCCAUUCCACAUAGCAGGGCCUAUAUGGUCUACAUUCGUGACUCAGAAACAAAAACAGCAUGUGGUGGUAUUUUGGUAAGAGAGGACUUUGUGAUGACAGCUGCCCACUGCAAUAGAAAUCAUCUCAUGGUGUAUUUGGGGGUCAACGACACAGACAGUUUACCUCAGGGUAUAGCCGUGCAUCCCAUUCCCCAUCCAAAAUUUGAAAACAAGCCAGGCCAUGAUAUCAUGCUUCUAAAGCUCAAAACCCCAGCAACUUUGAACAAGACUGUGAAAACCAUCACCCUGCCUGAAACUGAGAAUGAGGAAAUCUCAAAGAACUGCUUGGUCAUGGGUUGGGGCUGGCAGUAUUACAAUAAGGAGUCUCCAUCAAGGGUCCUCAAAGAAGCCAAUGAGACUCUCAUUGACUCCAAAAACUGUGGCUCAGCUGACAUCAUCUGCACUGAAGCAUCAAAUGGGCCAGCUUUGGGAGACUCUGGAGGCCCACUUGUUUGUGGGAAUGUUGCCCAGGGAAUUGUAUCUUAUUACAUAAAUGAGUCAAGUACCAUCUACCGCUCAAUGUACACUCAUAUUGCACAUUACCUUCCAUGGAUUCAUCGUACCAUGGAGAAACCUACUCAGCGGCCACAUGAAACAUGGAAAGGGAAGCUGGAUAAACUCUGCAAAAACUGAGCUUCUGCAGUAUCAAAAUAAUGUGCAUCACUAUUCUAUUAAAAGUCUAUUAAAACACAUUACACGUUAUCCAUGUCUUCAUUCUACAAGAUAUAAUUGUAAAUUUCCUAUGCUGUGUUGGUCUCCAUAUCCGCAAAACAGCCUGUUGGUUUACAAAUCUCUAAUCUCAGUGCUGUUAGAUCAGUAAAACUAAUCUAAAUGCAGUGGGGUGCAAUUUCUAAAACUAUCUUCCUGAUUUGGGUCCAUUGAAUCACUGUAUAAAAGCCAAAGAUGACGUUUCAGUUGUUCACAGAGCGUGACUGAGCUGUAUCUGCAAUGGGCAUCCUUUGUCUUAUAGCUACUCCGCUAUGGCUGCAUUCCUGCUCUCCAGGUAAAAAGCUCAUCUUCCUGUAUGUAUGAGACUACAGUAACUGCAUUAGACAUUUUUUUCAGAAUACAUAGAAGCAAAGAAAAAACAUUUAUUUGUUUUCCUCCAUGCAUUCUUUUAAGUUUAUAUUUGCAUACAUUACACAUAUACUGUACAAGAAAAAGAUUUGUAAAUGCAACGAAUGUAAGCUACUUGUCUUACAAAAUGGUCUUUCCUAGGUGUCUGUGUACAUCAUGGUAUUGUUUGUGGAACUAUCUCCAUUCCACACAGCUGACCAUACACGGUCUGCAUUAAGGACUUGAAGACAAAACAAUAAAACAUGUGGUGGUUUUUUGGUAAGAGAGCGUUUUGUGAUGACAUCUGACAGCUGUGAUGAGUAACUGAAAUUAAAUGCACAUCUGUUCUGCAACUCUCAUACAUUGUCCUUUGUGUAAUUAUUAAACAUGUAUAUAUUUGUUAGCUCUGUAGUCAUCUCAUGGUGUAUUUGGGGGUCAAUGACAAACAGUUUACAUCAUGCUUCUAAAGGUAACAUAAUACUACUUUUCAUUAGAUAGUCAUUAAAUUGCAUUUUUUUUUUUUU